AUGCGCGUCCCGCGCGCCCUGCUCGCCCUGGCGUGGAUGGCGGCCGGGGUGGCGUCCCAGCUGCACUACACGGUGCAGGAGGAGCAGGAGCAUGGCGCGUUCGUGGGCAACAUCGCGGAGGACCUGGGCCUGGACAUCACCAAACUCUCGGCCCGCCGCUUCCAGACGGUGCCCAACUCGCGGAGCCCGUACCUGGACGUGAACCUGGAGACGGGCGUGCUGUACGUGAACGAGAAGAUCGACCGCGAGCAGAUCUGCCGCCAGAGCCCGGCGUGCGUGCUGCACCUGGAGGUCUUCCUGGAGAACCCGCUGGAGCUGUUCCGCGUGGAGAUCGAGGUGCUGGACAUCAACGACAACCCGCCGGCCUUCCCGGAGCCCGACCUGACGCUGGAGAUCUCGGAGAGCGCCACGCCGGGCACGCGCUUCCCGCUGGAGAGCGCCUUCGACCCGGACGUGGGCACCAACGCGCUGCGCGACUACCAGAUCACGCCCAACAGCUACUUCUCGCUGGACGUGCAGACGCAGGGCGACGGCGGCCGCUUCGCCGAGCUGGUGCUGGAGAAGCCGCUGGACCGCGAGCAGCAGGCGGUGCACCGCUACGUGCUCACCGCGGUGGACGGGGGCGGCGGGGGCGGCGGCGGCGGCGGGGAGGGCGCGCCGGGCGGCGGGGACGGGGACGGCGGGGACGGGGACGGCGGCGCGGGCGGCCCGGGCCCCCAGGCGCCCCAGCCGCCGCCGCAGCCGCAGCGCACCGGCACGGCCCUGCUCACCAUCCGCGUGCUGGACUCCAACGACAACGUGCCCGCCUUCGACCAGCCCGUGUACACCGUGUCCCUGCCCGAGAACUCGCCGCCCGGCACGCUGGUGCUGCAGCUGAACGCCAGCGACCCCGACGAGGGCGCCAACGGCGAGGUGGUGUACGCCUUCAGCAGCCACGCGUCGGCCCGCGCGCGCGAGCUGUUCGGGCUGUCGCCGCGCACCGGGCGGCUGGAGGUGAGCGGGGAGCUGGACUACGAGGAGAGCCCGGUGCAGCAGGUGUACGUGCAGGCCAAGGACCUGGGCCCCAACGCCGUGCCCGCGCACUGCAAGGUGCUGGUGCGCGUGCUGGACGCCAACGACAACGCGCCCGAGAUCAGCUUCAGCACGGUGCAGGAGGCCGUGAGCGAGGGCGCGGCGCCGGGCACCGUGGUGGCCCUGUUCAGCGUGGCCGACCGCGACGCGGACGAGAACGGGCGCGUGCGCUGCGAGCUGCUGGGCGACGCGCCCUUCCUGCUCAAGCCCUCCUUCCAGAACUACUACACGCUGGUGACGGCCGCGCCGCUCGACCGCGAGGCCGGCGACGCCUACACGCUCACCGUGGUGGCGCGCGACGGCGGCGCGCCCGCGCUGGCCACCAGCCGCUCCAUCCGCGUGCGGGUGGCCGACGUGAACGACAACGCGCCGCGCUUCACCCAGCCGCUCUACGACGUGCACGUCACGGAGAACAACGUGCCCGGCGCCUACAUCUACGCCGUGAGCGCCACGGACCGCGACGAGGGCGCCAACGCGCGCCUGGCCUACGCCAUCCUGGAGAGCCAGAUCCAGGGCAUGAGCGUGGCCACCUACGUGUCGGUGAACGCCGAGAACGGCUACCUGUACGCGCUGCGCUCCUUCGACUACGAGCAGCUCAAGGCCUUCAGCUUCCAGGUGGAGGCGCGCGACGCGGGCAGCCCGCAGGCGCUGGCGGGCAACGCCACCGUGCGCAUCCUGGUGGUGGACCAGAACGACAACGCGCCCGCCAUCGUGGCGCCGCUGCCGGGCCGCAACGGGACCCCCGCGCGCGAGGCGCUGCCGCGCUCGGCCGAGCCGGGCUACCUGGUGACGCGCGUGGCGGCCGUGGACGCGGACGACGGCGACAACGCGCGCCUCACCUACAGCCUGCUGCGGGGCAACGAGCUCAACCUCUUCCGCCUGGACUGGCGCACGGGGGAGCUGCGCACGGCGCGCCGCGUGCCGGCCAAGCGCGACCCGCAGCGGCCCUUCGAGCUGGUGGUGGAGGUGCGCGACCACGGCCAGCCGCCGCUCUCCUCCACCGCCGCGCUCGAGGUGCGCCUGGUGGACGGCGCGCCCGACGCGGCGGCGGCGGCGGCGGGCCCGGGCGGCGCGGGGGGCGCGGGGGCCGGGGAGCCGGCGCGGGGCCCGGGGCGCGCGGGCGGCGCCGGGGAGAGCGCGCUGGACCUGACGCUCAUCCUCAUCAUCGCGCUGGGCUCCGUGUCCUUCGUCUUCCUGCUGGCCAUGAUCGUGCUGGCCGUGCGCUGCCGCAAGGACAAGAAGCUCAGCGUGCGCUCCUGCCUGGCGGCCGACGGCGCCGCCGGCUGCGCCUGCUGCUGCUGCGCCUGCUGCGGGCCCGGGGCCGCCGCCGCCGCCGCCGCCUCCUCCCCGGGCGGCCGCUGCUGCUGCGGCCGCCAGGCCCGCGCGCGCAAGAAGAAGCUGAGCAAGGCGGACAUCAUGCUGGUGCCCAGCGCCGCCGCGCCGGGCCACGCGCCGCCCGCGCCCGCCGACGAGCCCGGGGCCUUCGGCGCCCACCACCACGCGCAGAACUACUGCUACCAGGUCUGCCUGACCCCCGAGUCCGCCAAGACCGACCUCAUGUUCCUCAAGCCCUGCAGCCCCGCGCGCGCCGCCGCCGACGCCGAGCGCGGCCCCUGCGCGGCCCUGGUGGCCGGCUACGCCGACCCGCAGCCCGACCUGCUGGCCAACGGCGGCCUGCUCUCCACCGAGACGAAGCACCAGCGGGCGGAGCUCAGCUAUCUAGUGGACAGACCCCGCCGCGUGAACAGCUCGGCCUUCCAGGAAGCGGACAUCGUGAGCUCCAAGGACAGUGGCCACGGAGACAGCGAGCAGGGCGACAGUGACCACGACGCCACCAACCGCGGCCAGUCAGCCGGCAUGGACCUCUUCUCCAACUGCACGGAGGAGUGCAAGGCCCUGGGCCACUCGGACCGGUGCUGGAUGCCGUCCUUCGUCCCCUCCGACGGGCGCCAGGCCGCCGACUACCGCAGCAACCUGCACGUGCCGGGCAUGGACUCUGUGCCGGACACCGAGGUGUUUGAGGCUCCCGAAGCCCAGCCGGGGCCCGAGCGCUCCUUCUCCACCUUCGGCAAGGAGAAGGCCCUGCACAGCACCCUGGAGAGGAAGGAGCUGGACGGCCUGCUGUCCAACACACGAGCGCCUUACAAACCACCCUAUCUGAAGCUACUGUGGAAGCAGCUGUGUGGAGAGUCCGUGUGGAAAGGCACAGAGACCUCGACCCCACCCCAGGAGUGAGCCUGGAAGGGCACCCCAAAGCCGAGCCUGCCCCGAAGACGCCGCCCCCACCAACA